AUGAGGACAUGGACGAUAAUAUCCAAGAUCCCCAAGUUGAAGUUGGCCUCUGGCUAUCACAUUCCCCAAGUCGGCUUCGGCCUGUGGAAGAUCCCCCCAGAGCAGACCGCCAACGCCGUCUACCACGCCAUCAAAGCGGGCUACCGCCACAUCGACGGGGCGUACGGCUACAAAAACACCGUCGAGGCCGGCGAGGGCAUCCGCCGCGCCAUCCGUGAGGGUCUCGUCUCCCGCGCCGACCUCUUCAUCACCUCCAAGCUCUGGAACAACUACCACGCCCGCCGCCACGCCAUCGAGAUGGCCCACGUCGAAACCGACGCCUGGGGCCUCGACUACCUCGACCUCUUCCUCAUACACUUCCCCAUCGCGCAGCAGCACAUCCCCCUCUCCGAAUCCCGUUUCCCCGGCUGGUAUCUCGACGCCUCCUGCACCCGCGUCACCCCUCGCACGCCCGUCCCCAUCGCGGAGACGUGGGAGGCUCUCGAGUCCCUCGUCGCCCCGCCGGCGCCCGAGGAAGCCCAUGCUGAUAUCAAGGGUUUCCUCCGCUCCCUCGGCGUCUCCAACUUCGACGCCCAACUCCUCUACGACCUAACCUCCUACGCCCGCGUGCCGCCCUCGGUCCUCCAGGUCGAGCACCACCCCUACCUGGGCCAAUCCAACCUCCUGCGCGCCGCCCGCGACCUCGGCGUCCAGGUAACAGCCUACUCGACCUUCGGCCCGCAGUCGUUCCUCGAGCUGGACAACCCGCGCGCCCGCCACGUCGUGCCGCUCCUCCAGGCCGAGCCCGUCGUCCAGGCCGCCGCCCGCCUGGGCCGCACCCCGGCCCAGGUCCUCCUGCGCUGGUGCACCCAGCGCGGCCUCGUCGUCAUCCCCAAGUCGGUCCAUCCGAACCGCAUGGCGGAGAACCUGGACUGUUGCUCGUUCGACCUCGCCCCGGAGGAGAUGGAUGCUGUUUCCGCGUUGGAUAGGGGGUUGCGCUUUAAUGAUCCGGGUGUGACGCACGGGUCGCCUCUGCAUAUCUUCUCCUGA